AUGACAGAAGGAAAACUCAUCGCAAAGGCGAUAUACCUAGUGACUCUAAGCACUGUGAUCGCGACAGCAGAAGCCGACCCAGCAGCCGAAGCCAAUAGUGCGACAACAGAUUUCUGCACGCUAUUAGCAUAUACAAACAGCGUUGUCGACACUCUGAAGUUGUGGCUAACAGCCCCGGCAAAACCGACAAAAGAUUUAGAGGAACAGGUCAGACUACUUAGCCUGGCAGAAGCAAAGCACUACGGCACACCCAGCGGCAUCGCGUAUUCGACACUGAGGGCUAUAUCCCAGGACCGGUUAGAAAAACAAAUAAAGAAGCAAGAUGCAGCGACAGCGACAAUUGCAGCAGCGCUAAAAGUUUUCGCAGCCAAAGCAGCAGAAACCAAAGUGCUAGGGGCAGCCACGGAGCAAGCUGAGCUCAAGAGCUGGACGCAUGCAACAGACGGCGGCAGCGGCAAAGUGCUGACCACCGGCAGCGGCACCAGCACAAAAAUCUGCAAAGCUACCAAGCAGGCGCCAGUCACUUACACCAAAGAAUGCAAAAACAGCGGCGGGGACUUGCAAAAAGCGCAGCAGAUAGGAGGAGCUCUAAAGACAGCAAAAAAACUCAAAAUCUACAGCGACACAGCACUGUCACUCGGCUCAAUAGAAAUACAGUUCGAGGCCGUGGGCAACCUAGGCACCAGCAAUUCGUGGACCGCGGGGACGGGGAACACUCACUGCCAGCAACACAGCGGUGCGGCAAGCGCAGCGGAGUCGGCAGCGGCAGGAACCGCGCUCUUUUCGGUAAAAGUAACCAACAAGAUAACACCGGCAGAAAUAACGCUGGCACAAGCAGCAAGCGCCCCCUUAAACAGAAACCUAGAAGCCUCAGGCGACAACAAGAAACUGCUGACAGCGGACAAAGACAUAGCGGAAGCAUUAGUAGCAGCUCAAGCGGUGGUGUUUGAAAGCGAACGGCCUCUAAAGGACGAGAAACUAGCAACACUAACAGGAACAUCUGCGGCCCAAGCCAUGUACGCUGCAUUAGCAGCCAAACAAGGGAAAACAUCGACAACAGGGCCAACUAGCGACGAGGUAUCCAAACUACUGUUCAACAAGGGAGAUACGGCCAGCGUAUCCGACUUUUUAACAACACUAAACUCAGACACCAACAGCAUCGCCGACGGAGACAAGCCAAUAACGGGAAGCACGCAAUCAAUUGCAGCAGGGGCUAACUUUCGGAAGGCAAUGACUUACUUUUAUGCAAUGAACCUUAAAAAGUCAACAAAAGCAUCAGGAAGCGAGAAACCAGAAGGAGACGCCAAAAAAAAUGCAGCAGACAAAAAAGAAGAAAAGAAAGACGGGGAUAAUAAAACAACUGCAGCUGAUUUCACAGGAACUGAGGAGGAUAAAUGUGACAAGACAAAGUGUGAUUGGAACAAGGAAAAGAAUGAGUGCAAAGUUAAGGAGGGAGCAGUUGUUAUUUCUGCUGUGAUUAAUGCCCCUCUUUUGCUUGCAUUUUUGAUUCUAGCUUAA